UUUUCUGAUGUCUUUCUCUCGCUUCACGUUUUUCUUUAAAUUUGUUUCCAAAACCAAAAAUAACAAUUAUAUUUUUUUAUAAUUUAAGUGUUUAGUGUUAUUAUAAAAAAAUCGUUUCCACUCGUCGUGGCUCAUAUUUACUUCCCUCCCGUAAUUCAUCGGUUUCCAAUAUUCGUUUUUAGGUACGUCUCGUUGCUUACCUCUGAACAAUGACCGUCCGACCGUGCGCGAUGUGAGUUUCCGACUGCCAAACAUGAACGUGAUGAACCAAAUGGCCGUCAAACCGAACCGGUCGCUGUUAGAAAAGUACGGUAUCCCUCUGAACGACGUCGACUUCGACUAUGUGAAGACAUGUGAAGACCCGAAAAUAUUGAAACGCAUCAUUAAAAUAUUGGAAUCUGGAGAAGAAGGACUUUAUCCCGCUCUGCUGGUAGCAACUGAAACUCGUUUACGAGAAAUUAAACCUGAUGCUUCAAUAUUGAAUAGAAAGCUCUGCUUUGCACAAAAGUCUUCUGAACUACCAGAAAAUGAAGAUUAUGGUGACGAACUUAAUGAUAUAGCUAAAUGGAUAAAAAAGUCAAAUCAACAAGAAAAAGAUUUAUCAUCUGUAAGGCAAUACUCAAAAAGCCUCAUUAAUGGUCACAGUGAACCACCAAUUCGGGAAACCAUUGAUUUGACAUCGAUGUUUGAUAGUGAAAAGGAAUUAUCAAUACACAAAAUAUCUAGUGUGCAAAACGAACCAUUGGAAGCCUCAUAUUCUAAAUGGAAUAAAUAUGAUCCUGAAGUUGAGAUAAUGAAGUUAGAUAUCAAAGAAAAGGUUGACAAGUUACAAGCGCAUAAGAAAAAAAAUAUGAAUUCAAAUAGUUUGUCAGUUGGAUUGAACGAUACAGCAAGUUAUCUUGAUAGAGUUAAAUCUAUGAAGAAUUAUGCGGACAUUAUGUCUAAAUGUGGUUCAUUUAAACCUCAAGACUUGGCUAUGCGGGAAAAGGAAUUAGGAAAUGAAUGUUUUAAAUCAAAUGAUUACGAAGAGGCAAUUUGUCAUUACAAUACUAGUAUUAGUAUCCAUUCAACGCCGGAAGCUAGAAACAAUCGUGCUAUGUCAUUCAUAAAAUUGAAAACAUACGGAAAAGCAUUGGACGAUUUAAGAGAAGUGAUUGAAAGUGACCCAAGAAAUGUAAAGGCACAUUUUCGAAGAGGGUCAUGUUUUAAAGCUAUAUCUAUGUAUUGCUUAGCAUUAAGAUCAUUUGAAUCCACAUUAAAGUAUGAUUGUAACAAUGCAAAUGCCCUCAAUUUUGUAAAAGAAUUAAAAAAUAUAAUAACAAACAUGCAUCCAAAAAAAUUAAUUAGGGUUCGUGAAAUAACUAGGCACUAUGAUGAAACUGUAUGGGACAUAGAAGACCCAUUCCACGUAUCUUAUAUGGAACUUUCAGAGUUAAUCAAAGACAAUGUUGAGUAUGUGUAUGAAGCCGAUUCUUUUGGUUGUUUAACAGAAUGUGUUUGUCAAUUGUGUCCUUGGCACGAGUGGCAACAACGUAAAAAAAAAUGGGGUCGUCACAAAAUGUUUAAAAAUGAAGGAGCAAGGAAACGUUGGCAAUUUUUAACACCUGAUAUUGUGCCUGUAUUGAUGUCUAAAUCUUUAGCCCCGGAAAUUCAAAAACCAAAAAGAUUGAACGUUACUGAAAUCAAUUCUGCUAAAAUAAAUGGUCAUCAUAAUUCAACGAAAAUGAAUGGUAAUGUAAUCAAUGGAAUUGAUAAACCUCCCUGUAAAAAUUGUGACAACGACGAAAUAAGUAUGAAACCAGUGUCUAAUGUUAAAGAAUUUUUACAAACUUGGAAAAUAGCCAGUCAAAAAAAUAAUUAUGAAUUAUAUCAUAAACUAUUGCGGAGUAUUAAACCACAAGAUUUACCUAGGGUUAUUAGUACAAAUUUGGAUGAAGAAAUCAUGUCCAAGUUUUUGGAAACCCUGAACCAAAAGUUUGAUCCCAAUAGUGAAUUAGAUCUUAUUGUAGAAUACUUAACAGCCAUGACCAAAGUUAAUCGGUUUAAUCUUAUUGUAAAGAUGUUAGACAACAAAGUUAAAGAAGGUUUCCAACCACUACUAGAACGUGUUCAUCGCUAUACAAAAAAUAAUUUGUUCUCAUCAUUAUUAUGAUUAUAACUUGUAUCAAUGAUGUGUUCCUCUAAUUGAGUAAAUAAUAACAAGAAAAUGUAUUCAUCUUCCUCUUUUUUUGUAACACGAAGAAUGUUUUAUUGCGGUCAAUGCGUUUUUGUUAUGUCCGAGAAUUAAAAAAAAAAAACAAAAUAAAUGUUAAAAUGAAUAAUAAAACAAAAUGUAAUUUCAAAUGAAAACUAUACAAGUCUGAUUAUAAUAUACCUAUCAAAUCGUUUUAAAAAUUUAAAAUGAAAUACAAUAUAGUAUUUUAUAGUAUACCCUAAUUUAAUGUUAUUAACAAAUAUGUACAAUUUUAUGUAAUAAUAAUAAUUAAAUAAUGUUAUUGCUGUACCGGUUAAUUGAUAAUAAUAUUAUGUAUUUAGGCUUAUUGAUAAAUCGCAAAUAAUACAAAAA